AUGAGCAAGAUUCCUGUUAAAAAACCUGCUACAACCAAACAUAAUUCUUCACCAGCAAAGAAACUGACUAAAAAUGAUGUUAAACCAGCACACAAUGUCGCUACAAAAAAGAUGGCCGAUGAGAAAUUAGCAACAGCGAGUGAUAAACCAGAAAUUAAGAUUGUUAAAAUAGUCAAAAUGAAGGAAGUAGUUCCAAAAGAAAUGGAAAAAUUACAAGAUUUAACAAAAUGGCCUAUUAUUAUCGAUGAAGUUGGUGAGUAA